UGUAUAUUCUGGUUGCGUGCCCAGCUCAGAUGCUCUGGUGACACUUCCAAAAACAACAGAUGGUCUCAUCUCAAGGUGAGAGUGAUCUUAAAAGAUUGCUUACCUAGAAGGAGGCAACUUGUGUUCAUAGCAAGAGUCGCUGCGUCUAAGACGUAAGCACGCACCCUUAGGACAAAUUCACCCAGCUUACACCCCCCUGUAUUCUCAGCUUACAUAUUUCACCGAUUGGAAGUCUGCCAGAAAGCGAAAAGAGCUUGUUUUUCAACAACUGCUGGGCAAGAACGCGAAGCAGUUUGUCUACAUCUGCAGGAAUCUCGAAUCGAUGGCCCACCUUAUUCUGACGGGUGCCACAGGACUUGUUGGAUCCGCUGUCCUCGUCAACUUGAUCGAGCGGCCCACGUCCGAAGUGUCCAAAGUAACAGUGCUCAGUAGAAGAGAGGUUCCUAUAAUCAAGGAUAACCCUCGCUUUGAAACUGUGAUCCUGAAGUCAUUUACCAGCUAUGACAGUGAGUUGCUAGAGAACCUCAAAGGCGCUGACGGCGUGAUCUGGGCGCAAGGCAUCUCAAUCACUCAAGUACCACGAGAUGAAUAUUUAAAGAUCACAAUAGACUAUCCUCUUUGCGCGGCCAAAGCAUUCGCGUCGCUUUCGGACAACUUCAAAUUCGUAUAUGUCUCUGGCUACGGGGCCAGCACGAAUCCCGGCAUGUUUACACAGCCGUUCGGGAAAAUCAAGGGCAGCGCAGAGCUUCAACUCCUAGAUCUUCAAACUAAAUUGCCAACCCUGAAAGUCUACAGCGCCAGGCCAUGCUUUGUGGAUCCUAGCCAUCACUCCGAGAUCGAGGAGGCAUUAAAGGACCGCAGGAAACCAUUCGCGGAGAAGCUAGUGCCCGCACUGCGUCCUCUCUUGCGCUUGAUGCCGAAAUAUGUGUCGCCAACCAAUGAGCUUGGGAAAGUUCUGGUGGACCUUGCGCUUAGCGAUGGCCAGGAAUUGCAAGGUGAAGGAGUCGAGAAAGGAAGAAUCUUGGAGAACUCUGUGCUGCAAAGGCUGUAUGCCGAGAGUGUCAAGGUGCAAAGCUGAUGGACCUUGCGGUCUUCUGCGCGAUGCGUACCAUUCCACCUAGCAGAAUAGCCGUUCCUCAAUUGAGAUCAGAGAUUGGGUUUGACCCGCACCUUUGGUUCCUCGCAAUCGGCUGUAGAGCAUCUACGACAUGUUGCACAGCUAGUUCGCGGUAUAUGUAGUUUCGUAUACACGUGAUAUUGGGAGCAAGAAUGCGUUGGAAUCUGAACAAGGCCUUUUUAUAUGAUCCCUUGUCUCGUAGAGACUAGAUGAGCGUUCGUAAUGGCUGCAGAAGCAGACGUUCCCCAAAACUUGAGCUGUGCCCGUGGCACCAUUGGAGGAUAUAUGCGCAGACGAAAACCUAGGUAUUCAAACCUUGCGCAUACCUUGUGCUCUUGACUAGUCUAGACGUAAAAGAGUG